AUGGACAAGUGGGGCCUCUUCAAUCUCGCAGACCACCCUCUCCCCAGUUUCUACUCCGGUCGGAUGCUGGUCAUUGGUGAGUCCGCGCACGCCAGCACACCGCACCACGGCUUGGGAGCCGGCUUCUACAUGGAGAACGUCGCGGUGUUGCCGUGUCUCUUGAAGCAAUUAGACGCCUACAGCGAAAUUCUCCCUGAUGAUUUGAAUGCCGUGUUUGCCGCGUUCGACACCAGCCGUCGACAGCGAGACCAAUGGCUCGUCGAAAGCAGCCGGCGCGCAGCGUGCCUGUAUGAAUGGCAGCUGAGCGGUACCGCUCCGGGCCACUUUGACGCCAUGCAUGCCGACAUCCAGGCGCGCUAG